AUGUCGAAAGAAUCUACCAGAGUACCAAUGGAAUCUAUGCCUAAGAUCUUGUAUGGAACAGCGUGGAAAGAUGCAAGAACUACUGAUCUCGUCUAUACUGCAUUCAAGCAGGGAUUUCGUGGCGUUGACACUGCGGCACAGCGUAAGCAUUAUCGAGAAGAUCUUGUAGGUUUGGGAAUACAGAAAGCAUGUGAAGACCUUCGAUUGCAACGUUCAGAUAUAUGGAUUCAAACCAAAUUCACUCCGAUAAAGGGCCAAGAUCCAGAAGGAUCCAUACCGUAUGAUCCUGCAGCUAAUGUGGCAGACCAAGUCUGUUCCAGUUUUACAAACAGUCUUCACAAUCUUCAUCCGGGUUCUGACAUUCCGGACAUCCCGAGUUUGAUUGCAAAGCAUGCCGUCAGAGUGAAACGCAAUACUGAGCGCGAAGAAGCUUCUCUCCAAGAUGUCUAUAUUGACAGCUAUGUAUUGCAUUCUCCACUUUCAACGCUACAAGCCACGCUAGAAGCUUGGGCCGUGAUGGAAGCAUUGAUCGAUGCUGGCUUGGUGCGAUACAUUGGAUUUAGCAACGUAUAUGACCCUGAAAUAUUUUCCGUACUUUUCCAACAGGCAAGAAUCAAGCCAAGUGUAUUGCAGAACCGAUGGCAUGCAUCAACCGGCCAUGAUGUGUCACUAUUGAGCCAGUUAUCCCCGAUUCUCUCACCCAACACGUUUCCUGCGCCUGUAGAUCUCGAAUCUCCUGAUCCUAAGGGCGUUAUAUAUCAACCAUUUUGGACACUGACGGGGAAUCAACGCUUGUUGCAGUCUGAACCAGUGGCGGUUUUGUCCGCUGAAAAAGGACUUACGCCCGCACAAGUUGUUUAUGCAUUUGUGGCGCAAGGUAUGGGCCUCCCCGGUCUUUCGACAUGUGUUUUGAGUGGAACGAAAGAUUACGCGCACAUGAAAGAGGCUGUUCAAUCUGUUGAACUAGAACCGUGGGAUGAUGAGGAACUCGCGUCUCUAAGACGCGAAGUAUAUGGCGAAUAA